UAAUUUCCUUCCGUUGAAGCUUUGCAAGUGAACGUGAAGGUUCGCCGGCGCCAAGUGGUCCAUUCAAAUUCAACUGGGCAGAGCCACCGAUGCCGGUAUCGGUGUCGUUCUAAAGAAACUUGUAGCCGCAUUAAUUAUGUGGGCUCCCGUAGCACCACAAUUUGCUCUCAACUAAUGGGCCGGAGGUGUCUUGGCACUACCGCUACUUAGUUUAGGUCAGAAGAGGUCAGAAGGCAUAUAAUCUGGACACGCCAGCUAGAUUGGCACGUGUCAGAUAGGACAAAUAUCAAUAUUAAUAAGGGAGAUCAGUAGUACUAUAUAGUACUAGCAGGACCAAAGGACAACUCUUAUCUGAAUUUGAAUGGAUUCCCGAGAAAUCCACCUCGCAGAGGCAUCUGCCCCUUCUCCGCGUGUAAAAGCUGCUCCACGGACCUCUGCCAUCCGCACGCAAUUCUCCUACUCCCCUAGUGACGAUGGAACAGACGAGAACCUCCUUAUUCUUCUGCACGGGCUCGGCGACACGAACGUCCCCUUCGCGCGCCUCGGGCGAUCACUCAAGCUCCCGCAAACAGCCACCCUCGCGCUCCGCGCACCCGACAUUGUCCCCUUUCUGUACGAACAGGCUUUUCAGUGGUAUCCUUCCUUUGACCAGCUCGGCGACCUCAUCGAACGGCCAGAUCCCAGUCAUGCACUCAAUCUUUUCAAGAAUAUCCUCAUUCAUUUAACGGGUGAAUGCGGGUGGCCUCCACAUCGCAUCCACUUGUUCGGGUUCGCGCAAGGCGGAAGCGUCGCAGCUGAAGCAUGUCUGCAGUGGUGGCGUCGCGAGCUUCAGCUCUCAUCACAGUCGCGCAUGACCGACAACAAGACCCCCGUGCGGCCCUUAGGUUCGCUCGUUACUAUUUCUGGCCCGCUGCUCUCAUAUCCAACACUGUCGAAACCAUGCGAGACGCCUGUUCUUGUAUUCCGCCGCCCACGUGAGCUCAGGAAUGCUGACCUGGAUGCGUUCAGGAAAGGAUUCUCCAAAGUAAAGGAUGUAGAGCGUGCGGGUGAGGGUAUGCCACGCGCAACCUUAAAGGAGGAAUGGCAGCCAAUCUUGGAGUUCUGGGGUGAGGUGCUCGGAUGGCGUCCUGGAGAUGGUCUGUAUGAAGUCACGACGGGAGCGUCAAGUUGAGAACGAGAAAAUUUCGCACAUCGCUUGAAAAAUAUUGAA